AUGCAGCAUCAUCCAAAGCCCGCGGCCUGGCCUGCGCGGCUGCUGGCCACGGCCCAGCUCGCGCGGCUGCUGGCCACGGCCCAGGGCGCGCGGCGGCGCCCGCAGCUGGCGCGUGGCCUGCUCUUGCGCGCUCUGCGCACGGCCGAGCGUCGAUUUCGCUCGGUCAAAAACGGCUCGCCAGCGAGGCCGAGGGGAAACCCUAAAUCAUUCUUCCCCUCGUGCGCCGCUCGCCUUCGUCUUUCUGCUCGCCCGAGCUUCGCCGGCAACGGCGUCGAGCGCCACCUGCCGCGCUCGGCCGCCGGCGACGGGGUCGAAAGGCCACCGCGCCGCGCGCCUCUGUUUCCUUCCCCCCACUGCACCUUUCUCGCCCGCUCGCUCCUCUCUCACCCGCAACGCCCGGAUCCGGCUCCUCAAGCCACGCCGGCGCGGCGAGCCAGGGCGGAGCGGCGAGCUGGGGCGGUGCGGCGAGCCGUGGCCGGUCCCAUGCGAGCCAUCCACUUCCCCCUCCCCACUUCGAUUCUGCGAGAGAGAGGAAAGCAGAGAGGCUCGGCCGGGCUACCCCAUUCCUUUUCAGCGAGAGUAAGAGGAGCGCGGCCAGAUUGCGCCGUGGCCAUCCUCCUCGCCGGUCGCGCGUUCUCCCUCAGCGGUGAGAGCGCACCGCCGUCGAGGGACUUGGCCGCGGUGCUGGCCCCUUUCUUUUUAUUGUCUUUUACUUUUCUUUUCCGGCAAGCCGUUGAGCUAGCUCCGGUGGUUCUUCGUCCGACGCCUCGGCUUGCCGAUGCGCGUCCGGAUCGAGAGGAAUGGCGCGGCCGUAACGGCGGCGCAACUUUUCCGUAUGGGAAGCUUGUCAGGCUGAAGGAACUUACCGAGGAGCAGAGCCAGUGCGCCGUAGAGAUAUACGUGCUCUGGCUCUUUGGCUGGGUAAUGUUCACCAGCACCCAUGGUGACUGCGUCGAGCCUCGACUCAUUGAGUAUGCGAUGGAUAUUGCCUACUCAAAGAUAGAGGACAUACAAGAGAUUAGCUAUGGUUCUGCUGUGCUCGCUGGUUUGUACCGUGCAAACUGCGAUUCGUGUAUGCGGAUAGGAAAGAAAUCUAGUUAUGUUGGGUGCCCACUUCUGCUCAAUCUGUGGAGUUAUGAGUAUUUGUCGACACUCGGCCAUCCCACGGAGACUUUUUUCAAGCACCCAGGCAGUGUCUACAAGGAUGAUGUGGACGCUCCAACAGUUGGUUCGUACUGGACCAACAGUCAGUUUAAAAAGGAGAAACAAGUUGGCUAUGACUCCUACUCACAGAGCAUCGACAUCUUUAGGCCUUGCUGGGUCAAUUGGAACCCAUAUACCCGGGAUAAACUGCAGCAGCGUGCACCAGGUGGUUUGUCGUCCCUUUGCACGAGGGACAGAAAAUUUUGGUUAACCAAAAGAAACCUGAUUUAUGACAUUUAUGUGGAAGAAUAUGCUCCUCAGCGCUUCAUGAGGCAGUUUGAUCUCGAGCAAAGAGUUCCCCCACCACUAGGAAACCCGGUCCCUGAGGAGAUCCACGCUUGGUCAAGGAGAAGGUGUGAAGCUAACAGUGGCUGGGCCAGAAAACAAAGCAUGGACACUUACAUAGAAACAUGGAGGGCCGCUUCCGAUGAUGACAGCUUGUGGCCCAGUGACAGACCGUACGACCGUAAGUCGUACAAGCAAUACAUGAAGUGGUACCUGCAGACAGAUGUGGUCAGGUGCCACCAGUUUGUUCCACAACAGGGUCAAUCAUACACCGUGCCCGACAGCGGGUACCGUUCUUUGGAGGCCGGGGCAUCAUGGUACAUAGCAGCAACAUCCCUGUCUGAAGUUAAGGAAGUGACGUCGAAAAUGUUGACGUAUGGUGAUCAAAACAUCCCGUCUGAUGAGUUCAAGGCAAUUUGCUCCAAGUUAGGAGGGGCGUUGUCGAGAUGGCAAAAUUUUCGGGAUGUCACAGUAGCACCAAAAUGCCUCAGUCAGCUGCCGUUGGCCUCUGUGGCGGAUGAUGAAGCGGCGGCUCUGGAUUCUGAUGAUGAGAUGGACCAAGAUGGAUACGGGAAUGAAGAGAAUAGCGCGCCGCUGGAGCAAAGUGGUUAUGGGGGUGAUUCUUGUGCUGAUGAAAAUGAUGUUGCUGCCAAAGAGGACGGGGCUCUGCUGCUGCAGCAGCAGACUUGCUAUGAGGCCGCGGUGGCUCAUGCACCACCAUUUUUUUCAGAGGAAAAUGAUGCUGCCAUGAGUCUUUGUUCUCUUGAUCAGAUGCUUCUAAAUCAAAAUGGCGGGAUGUUGUGUGCUGAGCAGGAGCAGUUGCGCAAUGAGGAGGAAGAGCAGAAGGAAGCUUCAGCGACAUGCGAGUCACAAACCAAGCUUGAACAAAAGAGGGGCCUUCGCGCGCAGCAGCAGCAGAUCAAUAUUUGUUACCGUAGAAAACGCAAAGCGGCCCUUCCCGGGCAAGCAAAUUUGUAAGCGCAAGUCCCUCCCAGGAGGUCUGGUCUUUGCGCACGUUUGACGAAAUCGAAAUCGCCAUGUAAUAUAAGGGAAGACUGACCCCAAAACAAUUGCAUGAAUCAAACUUCAGUGGUUUGUCC